AUGGGUAUCACAGAUAUAGUAGAAAAAGUAUGGGUAUCACAGAUGGGUAUCACAGAUAUAGUAGAAAAAGAUGGGUAUCACAGAUAUAAUAUAGUAGAAAAAGUCCAAGAGGCUAGAAUAAGUUGGUUUGGUCAUGUGCUGAGGAGACAGGAUGAAGAACCCUGCAGGAUGGCUUGGACCCUUAGUGUGGAAGGUGACAGAGGUAGAGGGAGAGCGCAUCAGAGCUGGAGCGAUGACAUCAAGGAGGACCUCGAGGAAAAAGAAUUAGCCAAAGGAGAUGUGGUGGACAGGUUUAGGUGGAGGAGUGCAACCAAAGCAGCUGACCCCAGGACAGUUUGGGACUAA